CUAACGUUUAUCGAGCCUUGGCUAACUUGACCACUUUCUGGCCUUUUCGUUUCUCUCAUAAAUGGUUCAUCUUGAACUCUGCACUCAUUCAAUUCUUUCGCAGAUAUACAAUACUCACCUAAAAUUUACUUGUGUAUCACCCUCAUCACCCAUACAUCAUGCCCACACAAUACCCCCGGCCCCCGCAGCGAGAGUCGUGGUUUGCGCCACUCUCUAUUGACCUCUUCCUUAAGGUCCUCAACACAACACUUCUUCACCCCUUCGUCUGCUGGAUCAUACCGCUAUGCUUCCGUGCGCAGACAGUGAAAUGGGAAGCGCCGCCUAUGGUAGCCUCUAUUGCGUGGGCUACCAUUGUGACACUAUUCUGGAUGGCCAACGUGGUCAACCAGCGCAUUGCUCACGGAAUCCCGCGUGAGGUUGACCUCAGCGAGGAGGUCAUUGUCAUUACUGGAGGUGCAAGUGGGAUGGGUCUGCUCGUUGCUGAGGUUUAUGGCAUGCGCGGCGCGACAGUGGCUGUGCUGGAUGUGAACGAGAUGGAGAAUACUGAGGCGAGAGGCGUCACGUAUUACAAGUGUGAUGUUGGCGACAAGGGUCAGGUUGCAAAGGUUGCGCUUGAGAUUGAGAAGGAUCUCGGCACACCAACUGUGCUCAUCAACAACGCGGCUAUUGUUAUUGGGAAGACUCUCUUGGAUCUGUCGCUAGAUGAGAUUGACAAGAGUCUUACGACUAACCUUCUCGGACCAUUCUACUGCCUCAAGACUUUCCUACCUGCCAUCAUUCGCGGUGGAAGGGGCGGUACCAUCGUCAACGUCUCCUCUGUCAUUGGUACGGUUGGUGCCGCACAGCUGACCGACUACGCUGCUGCAAAGGCCGGUCUCACAGCCAUGCACCGCUCUCUGACAGCCGAACUACGUGAGAGCCAUCCCGAGAUCCGAACAGUGUUGGUUACACCUGGUCAAGUGAGCACGCCGCUCUUCUACGGGGUCCAGACACCCAACUCUUUCAUCGCGCCGGUUGUUGAGCCCGUGGAUGUUGCCAAGGAGAUUGUAGCUGCCAUUGAUAGUGGGAAGGGUGCUACAGUUGCUAUGCCACUAUACGCCCGUUGGGUUGACUGGCUUAACGUGUUGCCUGUAGGAGUGCAAACUAUUGUGCGAUGGGCAGCGGGUGUGGACCGUGGGAUGAAGACGUUUGUGGGGAGAGAGGGACAAAAGCUUGAGUGAACUUGACGCUGGCGUCAGUUUUGAUGAAUACGAAGAGUGUAAAGUUUGGACGGGAUUAAAAAUAAUAAUGUGAAAUUAGAUGAUGUACGUUUAUUGGAGCAUUAAUAUAGAGUCAGCACAAGCGGUGACCUGGGGAAGUGAUCCUGAGGAACCUUUUGGCUGAAUGAGAAUACGGUAUUCAACUCAUGGAGUUCUAGGAAUAGCCAAUGGAAAAUAUGCCGAUUCUAUCUGACAGGCUUCUUGACUCUUGUCAAGUGUGUCGGAAGAGUACCGAUCCAUAAUAUCUCUUAUAGCCAAACCAUUCAGUCGAGCCUGUUAUAGCCUACCAGUUAACUUGCGUGACAAUCUAAGCGAAAACAACUUCUAAGCUUACAAAUGCAUGAAACAUGCAAUACGCCUUGAGGGAGAGCGAAAUCCUAUAGGAUGAGAAAGGGGAUCGAGCGAUUGACCCCUGGCUAACCGGGCUUUAGACAGUUUAAUACCGUUGACAGCUCUGGAUAGGUCGGGUUGAGCGGCCGGGUGUAGAGAACCGCAGCGCAUCAUGAGCUGGAAAGAUGGAAGAGGCCUUGUGCAGCUCUGCGGGCGCUAUUUAGGUUGUUGUACGGCCGUUGGCCACAUGGGAUUGUUUGUCGCUUGGAUACACCGGUAAAGGCUAGGAAUGGUCCAUCAUGCUCCAUACGGGGCGAGACUGUUGCCUCUACUUAUUGUUGAGUCUGAGGAGUUGUUGAGAAGAGAGUAGACGGUACAAUAUAGCAUGACUGUAUGACACAGGAAUGAAUGUUUCAGCCCUGGUUCUCCUUCGGUGACGGAAAUGACAUUGCGCCCGUUAGUACGGAAGAAGCGAGGCCGGGUGAGGUUUCAUGGAAUGACCCGAGAGUGUGGAAAGUUUGCAAGCCUAAUGAAGUCUCUUUCUGCGUGUG